UUGAAUCACGGCGUUGUCAUCGGUUCAUUUUUACCCCGCCCGUCCGUCGUACAGUCGCUAUGGACGCACGUCACUUUAUUAAACUAUGCGUCUUUGGAGAUCGUACAUUUAGUGUCGCAUUUGAUCAAAAUAACGGUUAAAGACACCCGCCGGACGCGGGCCAUGAGCAGCGAUCGUGAAACAACAACGGAGUAUAACGUUACGCCUACAUAUCCGUGAACCUCUAUCCGGACACAGGACAAUGCAUAGACGUUUCUGGACUUGUUCGUGGUUGUUUUAUUGAUGUUACGCGAUUCACUUGCCCCAUCGGCUUCCUUUUCGUUCUAAAAAGUGAUUAUUACUAGUGUUAAACUUUUUUAACGUGCUAAGUAUCUGACGGCGUUGGGACGUUCGUUCCCGUUACCCCAAGAUUGCGCACAACUCCAGUCCGCGGCUCUAAAAGUGGGCCACAUCGAGUCACUUCGGUUUUUGGGGAACCAUGGAGUUUGGAAAUGACGACUCGGCCUGAAAGAAGGAGCCAGAAGCGUUAAAGGGAAAUGAACGGGAUUUAAUAAAAGAGAUAUUUUGUUACACGUGAAUGCACGCCGACAGAAUGGCGUCUUAUGUGGACAAUAGUUUUCGGCACGCGAUCAUGAAGAAUCCUGCCGACAGGACGCAACAGGAGGAUCUGCAGAUUGUGUAUUCAUACCUCCAUGGAAUGGAAGCACUGUCCAACCUGAGGGAACACCAGCUCAGGUUAAUGUGUGAGACCGUUCGAUAUGAGCAGCAUGACGCCAAUGAGGUGUUAUACUAUCCUGAUGACAUUGGGACCUGCUGGUACAUCCUCCUGUCUGGUUCAGUUUUUAUUAAGGAGUCUAUGUUUUUGCCACGCAGCAGUUUUGGUAAGCGUUCUGCGGGUAGUUUGCGUCGUGGUUGUGAGUGUAUCGUCCUUGAGGCUUCAGAGAUGAUUGUGGUGGACUACAUGGACGACAAUGAUGAGUAUUUCCAAAGACAAGCAUCUCAUCGGCAGUCCAGGAGAAGAUUCCGGAAGAUAAACCAGCGCGGAGAGCGACAGACGAUAAUCGAUACGGUCGAUCAUUAUCCGAUGACCAAACCCCCUCUCCCUCCGGGAUACCACUCGGAAUGCUCGAAAUCCCAGCUUCCUGCAGAUUUCUCGAAGCUUCACCCGUCCGACAGCUGCCACUCCCACAUGACUUCCAGCCAAUCACGCUCCAGCAUUGCUAGCGAUUCAGGAAGUAGCAGCCUAUCAGAUAUUUACCAGGCCACCGAGAGCGAGUGUGGCGACAUGGAUCUCAGCGGACUUCCCGAAACAGCAGUGGACUCUGAUGAAGACGAUGAUGAUGAAGACGUGGGGAGGGGGACUGACCCUCUCAUGAGUCGGGAUAUCGUAAGAGACUGUCUAGAGAAGGAUCCCAUGGAUCGUACCGACGAUGACAUCGAGCAGCUGUUGGAGUUCGUACAGCAGCUCCCGGCAUUCGCCAGUCUGAGCGUUUCGGUUCGGAGGGAGCUGUGUGCUGUUAUGGUGUUUGCAGUGGUGGAACGGGCCGGAACCAUUGUGUUGAAUCAUGGUGAAGAGCUGGACUCUUGGUCCGUUAUUCUGAAUGGAGCUGUAGAGGUGAUCUAUCCAGAUGGCCGCAGUGAAAGUGUGUGCAUGGGUGGAAGUUUCGGUGUCUCUCCUUCGAUGAACAAACAGCUGAUGACUGGAAUCAUGAAGACCAAGGUGGAUGACUGUCAGUUUGUGUGUAUUGCACAGCAGGACUACUGCUGCAUUCUGAAUCAGGUUGAGCAGAACACACAACGUGUGGAGGAGGAAGGGGAAAUCGUCAUGGUGAAGGAACACCGAGAGCUCGACCGGACGGGUACCCGCAAGGGACACAUUGUUGUCAAGGGUACGGCUGAGAGGCUGAUGCAGCACUUAGUGGAGGAUCAUUCGGUCGUGGACCCCACCUACAUCGAGGACUUCCUCUUAACAUAUCGUACCUUCCUGCCCAGUCCUCUGAUUCUAGGACAGAGACUUCUGGACUGGUUCAAUGACCCUAGCUUACGGGACAAGGUAACACGAGUUGUACUGUUAUGGGUUAACAAUCACUUUAGCGACUUUGAAGGUAACCCUGACAUGACCAGUUUCCUGGAGGAGUUUCAGAGCAACCUGGAAAGAGAGCAGAAAAUGACCGGUCAGUUGCGGUUGCUUAACAUAGCUUGCGCUGCUAAAGCCAAACCCCGAGUGAUUACAAUAACAAGGUCUGCACGGGAGAAGCCCCUCCCCUUCACGCUUAUUGGAGGUGCCGAACGAGGGACACGCCUUUUUAUCAGCACCGUGGAGGUGGGGAGCAAGGCAGAGGAGGCGGGGCUUAAACGUGGGGACCAGAUAUUGGAGGUGAACGGACAAACCUUUGAGAAUGUGCAGCUGUCCAAAGCAAUUGAAAUUCUCAAGAACAACAUCCAGCUGUGUAUGAGUGUCAAAACCAACCUCUUAGUCUUCAAGGAGCUGGUGGCCAGGGUGGCAGAAGAAAGAAAAAACGGCGUCCCUCAUCUUCCAAAGAUCGGCGAUGGAAAGAAAAAUAGCCGUUUGUCUGUACCUGAGCUUGGGGCUGAUUCUGAUGUCAUAGGUCAAGAGAAAGUCAGCAAGAAGGCCAAAGCGCACACUAUGGGCGGCCGAAUCAAACUGAUGAAGAUUCUAGACAAAACACGAAUGAGUAUCCUACCUCAGAAACCUUACAGUGACCUCAGUUUAGGCCAGACUCAGGAUGACAGCAUUGUGGGAUUACGGCAGAACAAACUGGCUCUGCCCACAAUGCCGGUCAGCGGAAAUCUCUCAUCCAGUAACCCUGACCUGGCCCAGGGCCAGCAACGCAUUAUCGACUACAGUACACAGCCACCAGAACUGCAAGACCAGGUGCUGCGUGUGUUCAAGGCAGACCAACAGAGUCGUUACUUUCUGAUCAAUAGGGACACCACAGCAAGAGAGGCGGCCAAUCAGGCGAUACGAGAGUUUGGCUUGACUUCAUCUCCCGAAGCUUAUUCGCUCUGUGACGUGUCAGUCACGCAGGAGGGCGUUAUCAAACAGAGACGACUUCCCGAUCAACUCUCCAAACUGGCUGACAGGAUACAGCUUAGUGCCAGGUACUAUCUAAAGAACAACAUGGAGACAGAGACGCUUUGUUCAGAUGUGGAAGCUCAGGAGAUGCAGCGAGAAUCUCAGGUCUCUCUGUUAUCCCUAAGCUCCAUGGAGAUAGCCAAUCAGCUGUCAGCACGCAACUAUCUUCUCUUCUCGAGCAUCGAACCAACGGAUUACAUCACUGACCUCUUCAAGCUCCGCCCACAAGAGUCUACCACCAACCUUCACAAUUUCGAAAGUCUAGUGAACCAGGAGACUUUCUGGGUAGCAACGGAGGUCGUACGGGAAACCAACCUGGCCAAAAGAGUGAAGAUCAUCAAGCACUUUAUAAAAAUUGCCCUUCACUGCCGCGACUGCAAGAACUUUAACUCCAUGUUCGCUAUUAUCAGUGGGUUUAAUCUAGCACCCGUCUCACGGUUGCGAUCCACAUGGGAACGUUUGCCCGGAAAAUACGAGAAGCUUUUGGCGGAACUUCAGGACGUGUUCGACCCGUCUCGAAAUAUGGCCAAAUAUCGCAACCUUCUCAACAAGCAUAACCUGCAGCCGCCCGUCAUCCCUCUGUUUCCUGUUGUAAAAAAAGACCUCACCUUCCUCCACGAGGGCAACAACUCAAAAGUGGAUGGUCUGGUGAAUUUCGAAAAGUUGAGAAUGAUUGCACGAGAGAUCAGGCAUGUGUUUCGAAUGGCUUCCAACACCAUGGAUCCUGCAUUGCUCUUUAAAACCAGGAAGAAAAAGUGGAGGAGUUUAGGAUCUCUGAGUCAAGUGAGCAGCUCUUCUUUCUCAGACAUCGGAACAAUGGGUGGGAAAAGGAAAGGUAGGCGGAGCUCUUUCCUCAGUGCUAAGAAACUCUACGAGGUGGAGAUGAUGAGCAGAUGCGUGCGGCAGUAUCUGGACACGCACACUUACGAGAGCGACGAGGACACACUUCAAGACCUCUCUAUACAGUGUGAACCUCCCAGUAGCACAUCACUGAAGAGCUCAGGUGAGAGGAGACGAACAGAUGCAUCUCCCGUCAGUCAGAGAAGCUCCACUCCUCAGCACCCAAAUGGAAAUGCUGGUCACAAGAAAGCAGCUGGCAAAGAGCUGCCACCAUUUGAAGAGGGGCGGGACAGACAACGAAAGCUGACGGAGGACAGCCAAUCAAACGCCUCGUCUUUGCUUUCUUCUCCGCGCACAUCACCUCGCAGUACACCUAGAAAAGGCCCGCAGUUGGUCGUGAGUGAUUCAUCAGAUCAGUUGAGUCUGUUAAGCUCCUCCUCCUCUGAUUUCAUCAUAACUGAUGAGCACGCUCAAACUCGUGCACUUACACAUCCACACAACACGUGUAGGACGGAGCCUGACCAAAUAAGCUUGGGGUCCUACUCUCUGACUCAGGAUCAGUGUGACCGUGCAUCAUUGGAUGCGGUAGACAGUGGGCGUGGCAGCUGGACGUCCUGCUCCAGUGGUUCCCAUGACAACAUACAAAGUAUUCCACAUCGUGUCGGUUAUGACAACCGGAGCUGGGAGACACUGUCCGAAGGCAUUGGCCCUAGUCACGUGAGCACUCCUACCGGAUACUGGGGCGAAGACUUGGAAGGCGACACAGGAACGAUAAAACGUAGAGGUGGGAAGGACGAGACUCCAAAUACGUCAAGUAUUGCAAAUCAAAGAGAGGGGCGUUUUAGAGAGCCUCCGCCCACACCACCGGGUUAUACUGCUCUUUCAAUUGCUGAUGCAAACAGCCCUAGUCAUGCUCAUGGCAGACGCCCACCAGACUACACAGCAGCGCUGCAGAGGUCUCGAUUUGUUAAAAGAUCGUGUGAACAUCCCUCACCGAUACGCCCAUCAAGUAGAUUACCAGCAUAUGGCCAUUGCCAGUCGCCACGACGACCACAACAGGAUGAGAAUGAGCAAAUAUCUGCUGUUUGAAGGUGGACGCUUUGUUUAUCUCUGCACCAAAGUUUUAUGACAAUCCAUGGACAUGAAUGAAAAUGUGGAAACAGGGCCAGAAAAUGAACUGCAGCAAAGCAUUUCUGGCUUUCGUGGAGGUUAUUGUGAAAGAGAAGAGCAGAGAAGGUUUUGGCACUUUUAAUAACAGAAAAUGUACAAAACAAAGAAGGAACAAAACCAAACAAUGCAUUAUAAAAUGAAGAUCAUUGUCUCAUUUAAGUAAGGAAUGGUGAGAGAUGUUGCACAUGUGAUGUAAUGUAUCAGUGUUACAGUAUCAUGCAAACAGUGUUGUUUCAUUUCUUUUGAAGUUUUAGUCUGCCAUGUUACUUUAUUUGGUGUUGAAGUGUGUGUGAGUGUGUGCGUGCUUCAGAGAGAGAGUGUUAAACCUACCACGGAGAGAGAUGUAGCCCUCUUCAAACACUUGAAGACAAAGACUGAGAAACUGUCCCUCGCAGACCUCAAUAGUCUCAAACAUCUCUGUAUGCAAACAUCAGUGUUUAUUAUAUGGUCAUUUUCAACGCGUUUUCUCAUUUCAUUGUGUUUCUGAACUUUCCAAAUGUCGCCACAGAAUUUUAUGUUUCUUAUUUUUAUUGAAUUUUAUCGAGUUCUAUUAUUCCUGGCUAUUCAAAUGUUAUAUGGCACAAAUCAUGAAUUGUUGCACAAGUUUUCAGAAGCAAGAGAUAUUUUUGGUAGAUGAUAUGAGUUAAAGUUGUUACGUAGACGAUAGUCGGUCAUGAUAUGGUCAGUAAAUAUUUACAACAGUAUAUUUUACUCAGAAUGUUAUCAAAUGUGUGAUAGUUCAAAUGUAUCGCUUAUAGCUCCUUGUGUUUCUACCCAGCCAAAUCUAUAAGUACCACAUGUAUUUCUACGUCUUUUACAAAGACAACUUGCGAAGUCUGUAUACUUUUGUAUUUUUUAAAAGUAUUGUAAAUAGUGGUUAUAUUUUGUUAAAGAUUUCAGAGACCUAUUCUGUUUAUUGGACACAAUUCGGCUACAAAUGACUGAUGGAAAAUAAACAUUGUAGCAAUGACUUGGA